CGGAAGUGCAAGUCUCGGCGCGGUUUCCUCAGUGCCAGGUCUAUCUCCUCAAGCCCGCUGGCGAAAGGCAGGAACACCGGAGGUCUGAGGCUAAGCGUCCAAACCGGCGCUACCAUCGCGACCACCUGCGAGUCGCAUCUCUUUGCUUUCGUUGACUCCGUCUUGAAGUGAGUCGUGGACGAGCUGCUUUCACCGUCAACCUGGAAAACGGAGCUUGCUUGUGUAGCGCCGAGCGGUGCCUGUCGGAUCCCCUGGGACUGGGAUGAGGGGCAGUUGUUAACUGUGAGUGCUGGGAACCAUACCUAGAUUCUCUGUGAGAGCAGAAAGUCAUCCAGUCCCCUAAAGGUCACAUCUUUAACAGGGCAAGGUGGCACUUUUUUGUAUAAGGCUGCUGCUCUUGAAAGCAGUCCUGGCUUCUAAGACUGCCAUCCAAAUAACUCUGGAAGACGAGCUGACAGUCUGUGCAUCCUAACAACCCUGGACAGAACCCAGCAUGUCUCAGGCCACCAAGAGGAAGCAUGUGGUGCAGGAGGUGCUGGGGGAGCACAUGGUGCCUUCCGAUCAACAGCAGAUCGUGAAAGUCCUCAGGACUCCCGGGAACAAUCUGCAUGAGGUAGAGACAGCACAAGGGCAGCGCUUCCUGGUGAGCAUGCCCUCCAAAUACCGCAAGAACAUUUGGAUCAAGAGAGGGGACUUCCUCAUUGUUGACCCAAUUGAAGAGGGAGAAAAAGUGAAGGCUGAGAUCUCUUUUGUGCUCUGCAAGAACCAUGUCCGCUCUCUGCAGAAGGAAGGGCACUGGCCUGAGGCCUUCUCUGAGGUAGCUGAGAAACAAAACAAUGUGAACAGACAGAGUCAGCCAGAGCUCCCUGCUGAGCCACCCCUGUCAGGAGAAGAGUCGGGCUCUGAAGAUGACUCUGACCUCUUUGUCAACACCAAUCACAGGCAGUAUCACGAGAGUGAGGAGGAGAGCGAAGAGGAGGAGGAGGAGGCAGCCUGAGCCCCCAGGACCCACUUCUCUACUUGCUCAGGGACUACCCCUUGGCUUUUUUGGGCGUGGACAUUCCCAGGGUGCCCUGCAGUCUUUUCCUUUGGAUGGGGACAAGGCAUGGCCCCUUUCUGAACUGACCUAAUAGAAUUAAACCCCUGGUGGGUAAUGACUUA